CAGAGAGUGCGUUCACCUGCUGGAUAUCAGAAGCGAACAAGGAAGUCUAGCACUGUCUGAAUGUCAGGCUAAACUGAAACAAAAUACAUCUUCGCAGGAUAGUAGUCAUCUGCUCGUCCGUUGUUAGCUACAUCAGCGUGUCAAGAUGUUUAAAAAACUCAAGCAGAAGAUAAACGAGGAGCAGUCACCGCAGAGGAAUGCGCAGUCACCACAGCAGGCCCAGACGGGAAGUGGAGACCGGCGCAGCAGUCAAACCCCGCCGUCUCAUCACGAGGGCUCACCCUCUCCCAGUGACAGAGAGCUGCUGGCCGGGAUGAUAGCAGAGCCCGCUUUUCUCUCUGAGUAUACUAUCUUUGCUCUGGACCAUUCAAAACGACCCAAAACGGCCCAGGUAGCCAGUGUGAGCGCCCCUAAGGGACCAGCAAGAUCUCCCAGAGGCAGCAUCAAUGGGGAUGGAAGCACUUCUCCUCUUAGAGAUGAGACCCAUUCCUUUGCCCAGAAACUGCAGCUCAGAGUUCCCUCAAUGGAGUCGUUGAUUCGCGUCGGUGCCAGUCGGGCAGAAAGUCUGUUCCGCUCUCCCUCUAAAGAAAGCCUGGUCCGAAGCUCAUCGCGCGAGUCCCUGACACCUUUGGGAGAAAGCGACUCCCCGGGCGCCCCCACAUAUGAUCCCCCAUCAGACAUUGAGAGUGAGGCUGAGGAUCCACCAGGAGUUGCAGAGCCCCUUUCCAAAGAGCAGUUGUUGCACCAACUGCAUAAAGUGGAGUCGAGCCUCGGGAAGUACAGAGGGAAGUACUCGGAGCUUGUCACUGCGUACCGCACAGUACAACGAGAAAAAGAAAAAACGCAGGCCAUCCUCAGUCAGAGUCAAGAUAAAUCUCUCCGCAGGAUAGGGGAGCUGCGGGAGGAGCUUCAAAUGGACCAGCAGGCCAAGAAACACCUACAAGACGAGUUUGAUGUCGCGCUGGAAGAGAAAGACCAGCUGAUCACUGUACUCCAAACACAGGUUGCUCUGUUGAAGAAACGAUCCAAGGUGGUCUCUGAAGGUGCCGGGCCACCUGAGGGGGACGUCGCUCGACCCGAAGAUGCAGAUUCACACUUAACCUCUUCCACACAAAGUCCUUCGAAGGAGCAGCGUGUAGAGCCUGAAGUCACUGAGGGAGAGGGCAACAGUGAUCCAACCAAACUUAUGGAGGCUCUGCAGAAGAGAGUGACGAGGCAGGAAAACUUGCUUCAGAAGUGCAAAGAAGUGAUGCGAACACACAAGGAGCGCAGCUCCCAGCUGGGCGCUGAGAAUGAAACUCUGCAGGAGAGGCUGCAGGAGCUAGAGAAGAUAAAGGAACUGCACACAUCAGAAAAGACUAAGUUGAUCACUCAGCUGCGUGAUGCUAAGAACCUUGUUGAACAGCUGGAGCAGGACAAGGGAAUGGUCAUAGCUGAGACAAAGCGGCAGAUGCACGAAACCCUGGAAAUGAAAGAAGAGGAGGUUGCACAGCUACGCUCCAGGAUCCAGCAGGCUACUGCCCAGAAAGAAGAAUUACAAGAACAGAAAGAAAAAACUGAGAAAUCAGCAUUUGAAGAAGUUGAGCGGGCGCUGGGUGCAGCUCAGAAGGCGGACGAGGCCCGAAAACAGCUGCAGGUUCAGCUGGAGGAGCAAGUGCAAAAUGUUGAAAGAGCCGGUGAGGAAGAGAGGAAGAGUCUGCAGCAGGAACUCACACGAGUCAAACAGGAGGUCGUCACCAUCAUGAAGAAAUCAUCGGAGGAAACCGUGGCCAAUAUGGAAAAACUCCACAGUGACGCUUUGGCUGCUAAAGAAGAAGAGACGAGUGCCAGAAUCAACAAAGCUCUGGAGCAAUGCAAAGAGGAGUUUUCUCAGUUAGGCCAGGAGCGGGAACAGCAGACCUCUCUGGCUCUGGAGGAUGUAGAGCUACAGAAGACUGCUCUGAGGACUGAAGCUGACAACAAGGUUAAAGAGAUCCAGUUGGAGCUGGAAGCUGCACGAACUAGAGUAUUGGAGCUGGAGAGCUCUCUGGAGAAGAUUUCACAAGAUGGAUCAAGUCUGUCCCAUGAACUUUCCAGUCAGUUGGAGAAGCUGAAGGAUAAACACAAAGCGCAAAUCUCUGCAUUAGAGGAAAAGCACCAGAAGCAGCUGGAAAAACACAAGGGCACCCUAACCCAGAAGAACAACGCUGCUCUUGAGGAGCUCAAAAAACAGCACAGAGUUGAAUUGGAGACCCUUCUGAAAGAUAAAGAACUGCAGUUCCAAGCACACGUUGAAGACAUGAACCAGAAAACCUUGGAGAAACUCGAUGCAAAGCAGGCCGAGCUAGAGGCAGUUUCUGCUGAACUCUCUGAGGCUGUGAAGAGUAAACGGCUUCUGGAGGAGAAGUUGGUGGCAGCCGAAGAUGCUCAUAGUUCAGCUCAACGGGAACAUGAGAAGAGGUUUCAAGAUCACGUGGAAAAGCACAAUGUAGACCUUUCAAAAAUCAAACGGAAGCACGAGCAGUCACUUGGAGGUGUAGAGAAAACUCUGAAGGAGGAACUUAACGCGUUGAAUAUUGUUCUGAGGGAAAAGGAAAAAGAAAUUAAAGAACACAUCCUGAGAGAAAAAACACUACAAAAGGAAUCACAUUCCACUGUACAGGACUUAAAUGUCAAGGUUAAGGAAUUGGAGGAGCUGCAGCAAUGUUUAUCACAAUCCCAGCUGCAGAGUGGCAGCCUAAAGGAAUCGAAUGCACACUUAAGUAAGAUGUCAGAGGAUCUGGAUCAGUGUAAGAAGAAUUUGUCAGAUUUGGAGCAUCAGUUGGAAGUAGCAAAGAAUGAUUGUCAGCAAAAAGAUAAGUCUCUUCAAGAACUAGAGCAGCAAUUACAGCAGACCAAAAAGGAGCUCUUGGAGCAGGAGAAGUCAUUUACUGCAGAACUGAACACUAAGCAGGAGGAACAAACUCGCCUCAAGAAACAGCUGGAGGAGGAAACAGCUGCCCUCGAGAAGAAGAUGAAAAACACUAUAACUGAGAUGGAAGCUAAGCUGAAGACGCAGGAAACAAAAAUGGAAAAGUUCAAAAACAAGGCCAAAGAAAUGCACGAGAGUUAUAAGAAGAAGAUUCAGCAGAAUGAAGAAACCAUGAAGAAGGAGCUUGCAAAGAAGGAGAAGGAGCUUCAGCAGACAGAGCAACAAGUUCAAGAGAAAAUUGUAGAGAUGUCGCAAAAAAGCUCCCAUGGCCUCAGCAGUGCAAUGUCGGAGCUGCAGGCCAACCAUAAGGAGGAAGUGGAGAAGCUACAUGACACCCAUAAGCACGAGAUUGGGGAGCUUGAGCAUCGUUGGCAGGAGAAGUUAGGACAGCAGGAGGAAGAGUUAACGGAGAAACACUCACACAUGCUACAGGAGAAGGCUCAGGAACUGGAGGAACUUUCUCAGCAACUCAGCAGAGGCAGAGAGGAGAACGAGCAAGUGUUGUUUGAAAUAAAGGAUUUGAAGGAAGACCUGGCAAUUAGACAAACCACUGUGCAGAAGCUGCAAGAAGAGCUUAACGAAGCAGCGGUUAAGCUCGAAAGUUUGUCUGAGGGUGAGGCGUUGCUCAAAGAGCAAAUGGAGUCAGUGGAGAGGAACCUUAACCAGGCUCUGAACGAGAGAAGCUCCAUCCAAGACAAGCUCAACAUGACAAAGGAAGAGAGCAGAGAGAAGUUAAAGGUCUUGUCAGGAAAGCUGAAGGAAGCAGAGAAGCAGCAGAAAGCACUGGAAGGUUCCCGGUGUAAGGAAAGCGAGGACUUGCAGAAUAAAUUUGAGGAAACUGCUGUUCAGCUACAAGCCAAGGAAGCUGAGUUCCAGCAGCAAUUAAUUGUGAUCAGAAACCAAAUGCAGCAUCACUGUAAGGAGGUUCAGUCUAAAGUGGAGUGUGGAUCUAAUGAACUCUGUCAAAGAGUUGAGUGUAGGCUGAACGAGCUGAAAGAAAGACUGCUGUGUAGUCAGAAAAAGGUUGUGAAUCUCAAAAACGUCAUCGUCACUAAAGUAGAUAGAAUUUGCACUUUGGAGGGGAAUCUCCGCCAGCAGACGGAGGAGAAUAAGAAUCUAUGCAUUUCAUUGGAACAGAUGACCGCUCAGGUAAACGCUCACACGGAGCAUGUCAAAGCCUUAACGCACGAGAAAGAUGGUCACUCUCAGUCUAUCGGUGAGAAAGCUCUGAAAAUUGAAGAGCUGAGUGAAGCAAACCGACUCAUAUCUGAAAGUAUGAAAGCGAACGAGUUGCAUAUCAGUAACCUGGAAAGCUUCACCUGUGACUUGAAAAAUCAGCUAGCAAGUAGCAUAAAAGAGAAGGAGGAAGCCAUAAAUCAGCUGAACCAGCAGUAUAAAGAGGAGAGACAGCAGGCCGCUGCUCAAAUGCAAGAGACCAUUGAGAGAUUAGAGCAGGAGAGAACGUCUGCUUCAGAGGAGGCAGAGGCACUCAGGAACAGUUUGUCGGAGUACGAGAAGAAGGCAGAGACCAAGUUCACCCAGAACGACCACAUUAUUACAUCUCUGCAGACCAGGCUUGAUGAGCUGCAGCGAGAAAUCUCCGAAAAGAACGAAGCCCUGCAAAGGCUGACGGCGAGUAUUGACAAUCAGUCCAUCAGCAAGUCUGAGAUGGACCAAGUGUUGAGCGAGAAGGAGCAGAAGCUCGGCGGGCUCACCUCGGAGCUGGAGAGUUGCAUCAGUCGACUUGGCGAGCUUCAGGAACAGUUAGCCCUGAAGACAAAAGAGUGCGAACAACUCACGGCUGACCUCAAACAGCAACACGGCAUUAGGGAGAAUGAAAAGAGAGAGCUGGUGGAGCAGCUGCAGCAGACCCAGAUGCAGUGCACUCAGAAUGGCAAUUUGGAGCAGGAGAUGGUGGAGAAACUUCGCUCCCUCGAGGAAGACAACCAAACGUGCAAACACAAGCUCGACAGUCAAAGGGAGGAAUUCGAAAGGGUGAACGACGAGAUUAUCAAGAGCAAAGAGGAGAGUCUGAAGGCAGCUGAGGAGAAGUCAUCUGCGGAGAGCGCUCGGAAAGUCUCGGAGCUGAAGAAGAAAGCUGAGCAGAAAAUUGCUCAGAUUAAAAAACAGCUCACCUCGCAGCUCGAGGAGAAAGAGCAGGCGAUCAAGGCUCUUCAGGCGGGUCUGGAGGAAAUCAAGAGCAAUGAAGCGUCCGGCAAACAACACACAGAAACGCUAGAGGAGAAAACAAAAGCUCUCGAGGAAGCGCUCGUCAUGCUUAAGGAAGAGCAGGAGAAAGAACUUGAACGGAUUCUGAGUUCUGAGAGGCUCGAGAAAGAAAAGUCUUUAGAGGAACUGAAAAACGUGUACGAAGAGAAGCUGUCCUCACUCCAGAGAGAUGCAGCGCAACUAGGAGAGCUCAAAGAAACCGACUCAGCGCUACACGAAAUCGAGGCCAAGCUGAAGGAAGCAGAAGAGCAGAAUGGAAACCUUCUCGCAGAAAUAAAUUGCCUGAGAGAAGAAAUAUGUGCAAAGGAUGACCAGCUUGAUGAACAUCGAGAAAUGAUUAAGCAGGUCCAAAAUCCAUCAGAAGCUGAGAUGAAGGUGGAAUGUAGCAGCGUACAGCAAACCAAGAGUGUGAUGCAAAACCACUCUGCGACGCAGGAAGUGGACGGUGAUGCUCUGGAGUCUCUCGAGAACAAUCUGAGUCAAGUGAAGAAGGAGAAAGAGCAGAUCCACAAGGACUUCGUCAGGCUACAGAAAGACAUCCGAUUGCUGAGGAAGGAGCACGAGCAGGACCUAGAAUACAUGAAGAAAGAGUUGCUGGGCGAGAAUGAGAAACAGAUGAAACUGGAGCUGGAAGAUCUGGAGAUGAAGCACAAUUCUGCUAUCAAGCAGUUAAUGAGGGAGUUCAACACACAGAUGGCUUUGAAAGAGAGGGAGCUCGUUACAACAGUGAAGGAGACCAUCGAGAAGGCCCAGACCGUAGAGGCGGAGCUCCUCAGCAGCCAUAGUGAAGAAGCCUGUCAGCUGAGGAAGGUGAUUGACCAGAAGGAGGAUGAUUUGCACAGAACUGUUCAGAAAUAUGAAGAGGUAUUACAGAGUCGAGAGGAGGAGAUGGGGGACCGAGUGUGGCAGGUUCAGAAAGAACUGGAGGAGUUGCAAGCAAAGGGCCUUGAUACUUCUGAGAUGAGCGCAGAAGAACUACAGGCUCAGCUAGCCGAGAAGACGACUUUGCUGAGCGAGGCUCGGCUGAAGGAGCAGGGCUUUGUUGAGAGAAUUCACUCGCUCGAGGACAAGAUUAAAUGUUUCCACCGAGCCACUGUUGUAACUCAUCUCGGGAGCACAUACAAAGAACCUGUAUACAACAGCAGCGAGCCUACUGAGAUGGAGUACCUGAGGAAGGUUUUGUUUGAAUACAUGAUGGGACGGGAAACAAAAACGAUGGCCAAAGUGAUAACCUCCAUGCUCAAGUUUCCUCCAGACCAAGCGCAAAAGGUUUUGGAAAACGAAGACACAAAAGCCAUGCCUUGGUUAGGGUUGAGCGUGUGAAUGUUUCGGGUAUUUAUGGACGGAAAUCUGCUGCUGCUGCUGCUGAAGGGGAAGACUGCCAUGGAUGUGAUCGAGCCCUUCUCUCUGCAUUUCUUGUCAUUGUAUGUGUAUGCAUGUGUGGAUGUUUGUAUGUGUGUUUGAGCACACACUGGGGCAUAACGGGGGGUGUGUGUGUGUGUGUGUGUGUGUGUGUGUGUGGGGUGCCGUAUGCUUGAAUAUAUCUAAAAGUAUGAGGGAAUUAGAGAAUAUGCCAGAAACACAAAUCUUCCAUAAAUCUAGUUUUACUCUGAAAUUGAGUUUGUUAAUUUAUGUUUUUAGAUGAAGUUUAAAUUGAUUCCUUUUUAUUUUAGAAUGUGUUUAUACAGAUUGGCUUGUGCAAUAAAUUAUAUAAUUAUCACGUAUUUUAUGCUGACAGGUCAGUUGAUUUAUAGGUUUCUGUGUUGUGCUGUUGUCUGAAUCACUUCUGUAAAACUGUAAACGACCCUUUAACUGUGCACUCGCACCACAUUAGAUAUCCUGGCCUCUGGACCUUGUUUGUUUAACACAGCUUUUCUAUGCUUUAUAUUUUGUCACUACACUGACAUAGAGACCCAAAAAACACGAAAACUGUAAAUUGUACUAUGAUAAUUAAGACUGUGCUAUAGGGUACUAUAUGAUGACUUGCUAUACAUUUUCAGACUAAAUAAAUUAAAUCUUAUUUACAGAAAA